AUGUUCUCCAGUCCUCAGGCUAUUCCCCGGUCUGGACCCUGGUCCAGACUCUGGUCUGGGUGUGGUCCUGGGGGGCUCCUGUCAGUGGUCCGGUCCCGGCGGGUCUGGAGACUGAUCCCACACUUAGUCCUGGUUCUGUCUCUGGUUCUGUAUGCGGCGCUGGGAGCUGUGAUCUUCUGGUUCAUCGAAGGAGGAGCUGAGUCCAACCCCACAGAACCUCAGUACAACGCUUUCCUCAAAGACCUGGUCCAGACCGUCCAGAAUCAAUCAGCGAACGCCUCAUACUCGUUGGAGGAUGUGAUGGAGGGAGUGCGCUCAAAGAUGGAGAAGGAUUUUCAAUCCAUUUGGCUCCAGAGCCCAAAGAGAUGGAACUACACCAGCUCUAUGUUCUUCUGCUGCACUGUGUUCACUACUGUGGGUUACGGAGAGCUGUACCCCGUGACGUUGGGGGGUAAAGUGGCGUGUGUGCUGUAUGCGAUGGUGGGCGUUCCUUUGAUGCUCUUGGUCAUUCUGGACGUUGGAGAUUUCCUGGCCCUGCUCAUGACCCGCAUAUAUAGGCAUCUGUACAGGCUCUUCUCCACUCUGAGGAGCCGCAAAUUCACACCGUGGAAAAAGCGCCAGAAAUCCUUCGACCUCCAGAGCCGCCGUAUGCUGGAGGAUGGGACCAUCGUGUUCGGACAAAAUGACAUGGUUAUCAGCAAACCUCUGGACAUCAGACAGGUUCUCCACUCUCAGGAGACUGUGCGGCAGAGGUCCAUCCACCUGCAGAACAACAGGGAGAUCUUUGAGCGGAUCCUGGCGAGAGAGCAGCUCCUCCGUAAAGGUCCUGUGAGUCGUAGCAUGUCGUGUCCGGAGCUGGAGCGUUUGCCCAAAUCCAAGAAGCCAUUUGUGCUGUGGGACUUUACCGGGCUGGGGGAGGACAUGGACCGGCUGGACGUGCCCUUUGCCCUCAUUCUCUUCCUCGUCUUCGCAUACAUUCUGCUGGUAGGACUGGUGCUGCCCCUGUGGGAGACCGAGCUCAGUGGCUUCGAUGCAUUUUACUUCUGCUUUAUCACCGUGACGACCAUUGGCUUCGGCGACAUCAUACCCAAACACCCAAACUAUUUCAUGCUCACGUCUCUCUUCAUUAUCAGUGGCAUGGCCAUUGUUUCCAUGGCGUUCAAACUCAGCCAGUCCAAGAUUGUCAACGUCUACCGGAAAUGCAUCAAAUAUGUGAACCCACGAAAGGACAACGACUGUGGUCACCAUGACAACUGA